GCUACGACCUGGCCAUCCUCCGCUCCAAUCACACAUUUACAGUGUAAAUGAUGCGUCUGGGCGCCGCCGUCCUCACUCAGCGUUCCUACAGAGAUAGGCCGGGGACAAACAGCAGAAGUCUGGGGGAAUUAAGGACAGGGCUGCUGUUCAUGAAUAAUUCACAGAUUAGUGAAGGUCAAGUUGCUAUGGUGACCGAACAGAAGGGGAGCUGCUUAAACACUGUACAGCCGUGGGCAGGCGUGACUCAGCAGCGCAGGAAGGCAGAGCAGGACGGGGUAAACAAGCCUCCCGACGAACCCCAGCCGACGUUCCAGCAUGUACAUCAAGUUCUGCCGCGGCUAUGCUGAGGAUAAGAAGGAGGAUGUCAAGGAAAGCCUGUCCUCCAAGUUGUCGGUGGAACUGGAGGCAGAGAAAGGGACUCCGACGGAGGGACGCGCACGUCGGUACCCCUCAGGAUGUCUGUUCCUCAGCAUCCUCUGCCUGAUCCUGCUGGUGGUUGUCAUCAUCCUCAGCAUGAAGCUUGUAACGGGAUCCAAGGUCUGCCCGGAGAGACAGGAAACACCAGCGGACCCAGCGAUCCGGCCAUCUUCCCCAAGCUGCAGCUACGAGCAGUGUCAGGCUCAGUACCCCAGCAGUCAACGCAGAAACUUCGGCUGCCGACAGUGUGCAUCCGGGUGGCUGAGCUACGGACGCUCGUGUUUUUACCUGUCCACCUUCAGGCUGAGCUGGGACGAGAGCCAGAGGAACUGCACUGCCAGCGGGGGGUCUCUGGCCGUCAUCGGCAGCCAGACCACGCAGAAUUUCCUGACGAAGGAGGGAGAUCUGAAAUACUGGAUCGGGCUGAGACAGAAAGGAGACAGGUGGGCCUGGGUCAAUCACAGCGCGGUGCAGCAGAGUUAUUGGUCUAAAGACGAAACAUCGGGGGACUGUGGGAUCCUGGACAGCACCGGGCCACAGGACAAGAACUGGAUCAAGGCGUCCUGCCAAGCCUACACCUACUUCAUCUGUCAGCUGCAGUUCUGACACAUGAAGCAGCAGAUGAAGCGAAGGAAGCACAGAAGACGAAGACAUUCCAAACUGUCCGUUUAGCUCGCGUCUAAAUCAAUAGCAUCCAGCGAAGGACCAUAACGUUCCUAGACAAUCAGUUGUUUAAGUAACUGAAUUAGAUUUUUGUAUUUUCUUGCAGUGUUGUAGCAAAUAGUUUGACACUGACACACAUUUUAUACUGUAUUGCUCUGCUGUACGAUCUCUUCAGAAAUUAAGGCCAGUCAUUUUGUCUAAUCCCUUUUUUAUGCUCAUAAAAUAUACUACACAGCUUAA